GACAUGAAGUAACUAGUGACAGCAGACAAAGCCUCACUCAAGCUGAAUUCAACGCCAAAUAGCCUAAAAUGAGUAAAAAUGUUAAUUUCACAGAUUUGAAGGAGGAAGUACAAUUUCGCCUGUGAAAUGAGUGUUUCCAUUCAUUUCUGCGGUUUGCUAAUGUAACCUUUAUUAUUAUCUGGGUAGUUGCCACCACGAAAUAAUCAUGAGUAAAUUUUCGUCGUUUAUCGAACUUUUAGUUAAACAAACGUGUCGGCGAGCCUCGCACGAAUUUGAAUUGGAAUCAAAACAACAGUCGGCUCCCCAAGUUGUCAGAGCAGUCCAAGAUGAUGUCGGUAUCUAUUCCCUCGAAUUCCUUAAGGCUCUUCAUGAUAACACCAGAGACAGUCUUUACAAACUAAUAAGGACUAAGGAUCCAAAUGACCCAAAUAGUGUGGAAGUUCCUGUAGGCUUAAAUUGGCUGAACAACAAAGACUUCACUGCUCCAGAAAGAAAAGCACUUUUGAAUUUUUUAUAUAAAGUCAAAGAUAUGGCCCCCAGUAACUCCAAAAAUUGGAUUGAUCUACAUCACUUCACGCAUUAUGUCUAUAGAAACUUCGCUAGUGUGAGUCCCGACCCUACCGCUGAAUAUUUGACGCCUUAUUUCUUGGAUGAGAUGCGAGGAUUAGUACGCAGUUUGAUCCAAGAAGACAAGAGCCAACUAUAUUUAAGAGUAUUGGCUUUAUUAAGGGAAUAUUGCAUUUUUGCACAAUGGAAUUACACUAAGCAAGAAGGAGAAGACCAUCUUAUUACUAAACUGUUUUAUUACUAUGAAGCCAUGUUGACAGCCGCCAAAAAUUUAAGCGACGUAUUUGCUGAUAUUGAAGUAAUCAUCUAUAGCAAUUAUUCUAUUUGUUGGAUAGAUUUUAACACAUGUGUAUUCAUAAGAUAUUUUUUGGAGACCGAUUAUGUCCAACAGAAAAUUAAGCAAGUUUUAAAGACCAGAGUAAGCCCUGGUGAUACUCCUGCCAUGUUUGCAUUAUUAGAAGACUUACAGAAAUUAUGGACUAGGGAACAAAACCGAAUUAAAAAAAUUAAUGACGAUCUUAGUCUAGUAGAGGGAACAGCAGCAUACUAUAUAGAAGAAGCUAUGAUUAGUAAUCAUAAAAAAGUUCUGACCACUAACUUUUGGAUGGAGCGGACUGAACAAGAAAAGAGUGAUUUAGAUUUAAGGCGAUUAGAUCAUCACUUGUUCCGGUUACUAGGAGAUCCAUAUUUUCAUCCAGCAGGCCCAAUACUGGACAGAAACGGUCAGUGUAUAUGUGAGGAAUGUUUGGUUGCCAAAUAUGAUGUUAUGAUACAUGCAGUCGAAGAACAAUCAGAAAACAAGCUGUUAAGGAGUACUUCUCGCCUAACAUUUUGUCGUAGAUGUCGGACACUUCUGGAGCUUGAUAGUUUUCAUCGACAUGUUACAGACCACGCGGCAGCUGAUGAGGUCAAAGCAAUAAUAAAGGAUAAUACCACAAAAGUAGGUGGAGCUUUGGUCCUGUGCGAAGAACCGCCGGAGGUAAGUCAAAGGAUCCCAAUGCCGAAAGAAGCAGCUGACGCAGCCUUGAUGACUACCUGCGAUAUCCACUUUUCAAGACCUAAACACGACCCUAACGAUCUAACUUGCACUAGGCUAGCGUUUGAAGAAUUUCUCAAGCAGAGCAAGGAUAGUACCAAACACGACGCCCUUUCAAAUAAAAACGCCAGGAGGGACUUUAUUAAGAUUAAGAAGGAUAUAUUCAGUAACACGGGAAAAGUGGUCUUUGAUGAUAGUAUACUCAAUCCAAAUACAUUUGCCUCAAAUUUAACGCCGUCCGUGUCACCAACCAAGAAAAAAGCAGAGCCUUCUCCUAAGCCUAAGGAAAUACCUAAAACUAGCCGAAAGACUGAAAGGACUCGAAUUACUAGUAUUAAACCACCACCUAAACCUUCAGCAUACAUUCCAUACGAUCAUCUUUGCAAACAUGUCAACGAAGCUGCUGUCUGCCAAGGUCAUAGUGGAAUGUGUGACCACCAAAAAGAAGCAAAAAAGUGUGAUUGUACAUACUGCGAAGUUUUUGGAACGGCUCUAUCCUCACAUACACACAAAAAUAGCGAACUAAGAGAUAGAUUGCGAAAUCGACUCCAUCAGCGGCGAGAAAAAAGAACAAAGGAUACUGGAAAAAACCCACCCCUCGAAGCAAAUUCUGCGAAAAUUAAGACUGUCAUUAGUAAAGUAGAAGAAAGAGUACCCCUACCGUCUUCGCCCACUAAUAUACCCCCACCGGCACCUACGAUAAGAACAACAGAUUCUUCAGGUUCAUCUUCGGCAUCAGGGUCCUCUGCAUCAUCACCCACAUCUGGUAGCGAUGAUAUACACGGUUUAGUCAGUUAUAUUGAAGGAAACUUAGCUCUGACUAAAAUGGAGCUGGCUCAGAAGAAAGCGGCGAAAAAAGCUCGACAGCGCCAAAAAAAGGAGGAAGAACGAAUCAAAGCUGAGGAGGAACAGAAAAGACGUGAAGAAGAAAAUAAGAUAAAGGAAGCAGAGAAGAAGAAAGAAUUGGCAAGAAAGCAGGCUGAAAGAGAGAAGUCAAAAGCCGAAGCUGAGGCUGCAGCUGCUCAAGCUCUCAAAGAACUAAAGAAAAAGUCCAAAAAAGAAAGGCAGGCGGAGAAGAAAAGACUAUUACAGCAGCAAAAACUCGAAGAGGAAGAAAGGAAAAAAAUCGUCGAAGAAACUAUACCUGCCAUGGUGACAAUAAAAAGGGUUGCUGAGAAUGGAAGUUCACCAACAGUUACAAUAACCUUACAAGGUUCCACUCCGGAGGAAGAAAAACUUAUUUACACGCUUGUCAAGGGAGAUGACGAUAACGUGAGCGAAGCUGCUGUAGCUCAAGAACCAAACAAAGGAUCUAAGAAGAAAAAUAAACAAAAGCAGCCGGUUCAAAAACCAAAACCACCUGAUGAAAUUCCGCAAGUUGUCACAAAAGAACUAAAAGUAACAGUAGGUCUAGGCAUGAAUAAACAACAAAAUUCUGAAUCAGCUAGUACCGAAUCUGGGAAGUUUUCUAACAUUAAACAAUUAGUAGAGAGUAAAAAGGGUACAAAAUUGAAUGACAAAAAGCAGAAUGUGAGUCAAGAUGAUAUGCCUAUUCCUAUGUUCCGCUUACCACCAGGUAUUACAAUAACAAAGAUAGACGGUCCAGUUUCAAUUAAAAAUUUCCAAGCAGCAAAUGCAGAGGAACAAAAAGGUUCAUCACUAAAUGCCACCAAAUCGGGAGUAAUAGUUGUCGAUACCGAAAAACUUAUUCACAAGAAACAAAAUAAUGAAGCUACUAAUGGGAAACCUGUUAGUAAAACUUCAAAGAAAAAGAAGAAAAAGAAUAAUGCAGCUAAUAAAAAAGCCCAAGAUGCAAAGCCCACUAACGCGUCCACGGAGGUGAAGAAAAUGGUAACUUUGAAGAAUCCAAUAUUUCAUCCUUUUCAGCAACAAAAUCCUGAACCAUCCCUUGAUAAAAAUGCUGAAAGUUGUGGCCCUGCCGCUAUUUUUACUAACGAAAAUGGCAUGGUUACUAUAAGAAGUUCUCGUUUGCAACAAUCUCUUUCAAAUGGAGGGUCAGCAGGUUCUGUACCUUUGACAACAAUCUCAAAUUUUGCUCCAGAAAUGCAGAAGUCUCCAAUACCAUCCACAGUUUUUACCAAUUCACAAAUGCAAGACACGAAAUCGGAUACGAUGUGUCCCUUCUAUGCUCAAGAAAUUCUUUCUGGUUUGCCUGGGAUAGAAAUCACCAAGGUCGAUAAAAAAACUGUUAAGUCUGAACCAGAAGAGUACAAAUCUUGUCAAACUGCUCAGGUCUCCAUCAUACCAGCUUCAACAAACGGUGGAGAAGCGUUUAAUUUCGACAAUUUGGACAAAGAUGAUUGGUUAUUUGAUAGCGUAUUUUCACCUAGAGAUGUCUUGGAAGACAACAUGGACCCAGAAGAACUAGAACUUGAAGCUUUUAAGCGCUUCUGCUCACAAUCCAUACCUCCGAAGCGCAAGGAAAAAGUUGCUCAUUUAAACGUUGCUGACAUAGUUGUUAAGAAGAAAACUAAUUUCUACUAAGUUAUAGAGCGAGUGUGGUUUUUAUUUUUAUUAUUAUUUUUUGUUUAUCUAAAUUUCCUUUUAUGAUUUUUAUUACUUACACGAUGAGUUUAUUGAAACUAUGUGAUAAUUUUAUGGUCUUUUAAUAUAUUUGUAUGAUAUAUAAAAGAACUUGUAUUAAAUGUUCAGAUAUGGCCCUAA